AUGGAGUCUGAGAAUAGAUCAACAUCAUACAGAAGAAGAAGAAGUGGGAGUGAGCUAUUCAUAUGCUUCACAUCAAGAAACUCAUCAUCUGUAAAGGUAUGUUCAAAAUCAGCUCAAAGUCCAGGAAGAAACAGUGGAAAGUUUAGUAAUUCAUCGUCUUCAUCAUUGUCCUGUUCAUUGAGUAGGAGAUUAAGAAGUAAUGGUAGUAUCAAAGGGUCACCCAUGUUUCCAACUGGAAGUCAAAAGAAAAAGGGUGCAUCUUCAGAAACAACAACAGCAGCAGCAGAACCAUCAUCACCAAAAGUUACAUGUAUUGGUCAAGUCAGAGUGAAAACAAAGAAACAAGGUCAGAAAUUUAGGAAGAAGAAGUCUAAAAGAAGAGAUGUGAGUUUUAGAAAAACAGAUGAUGGGAGUUUCCAUUCACAGCCAUUACAACAGCAGCAGCAGCAACAAGAGUGUUUACCACAUAGGAGUCAGAGGUGGGUUCAUCUUCCAUUGUCUAUUUGUGAUGCUUUGAGAGCUUUUGGGGCUGAGUUUAGUUGUUUGUUGCCUUGUAAGCCUUCUUGUUUGACAAGGAGAAUGAAGAAGAGAAGGCAACCUAGUAGUACAGAAAGGAAUACUAGUUCUUGUAGGCAAAUUUUUGAGAAAUGGGUUAUGACUAGUUUACAUGAAAGUGAACAUCAAAGUAGAGAUAAUCAUAAUAAUAAUAAUAAUGAGACAGAGUUAGUGGUGAGUAGAAGAGAAGAUGGAAUUAGAAGGGAGAGAAGAGAAGAAAUGGUUGGUGAGAUUGAGAUCCACAUCUCAGAAGAGAAAAGGGUUAGCAUCUGUAAUGAGGAGGAAGAAGUAGAAGCAGAAGAAGAGGAGGGAAGAGUUAGUAUUUGCAUUCCACCAAGAAAUGCUUUGUUAUUGAUGAGAUGUAGAUCUGAGCCUUUAAGAAUGUCUGCUCUUGCAAACCAUUUCUGGGAAUCUCCUGUAAAGGAUAAGAAAGAAGAGGAGGAUCUUCACCCAAGCAAACAAGUACUAGUUGCAGAAGAAGAUGAUGUUAGUGAUAGUGAUAGUGAUGAAGAGGAGGUUGAAGAUGGAGAAGAGGAUAAGGAUAGUGAUGAUGAUGAAGUUGAAGAUGAAACUGAAGUGAAAUUACAGCUCAUACAUCCUAAAGAAGAUAAGCUGUUGAAAAAUGAAGAAAGUACAGACAUUUCCUUGGAAGAACAUCAUGAAGAGGAAAAUCAAGACAAUGCAGAAGAACUAAUGGUGAAAAAGAUAGAAGAAGAUGUAAAUGAAAGUGGGUUUUCUGCUAUUGAGCCUCUUAAAGAAGAAGAAGAAGAAGAAGAGCAUGAGAUUCUCACAAUAGAGGAAAAUGAAGAAGAACCCAGAUUGCAAAUGCCAGAAGAAAAAGAAUUGGUAGUUGAACUGAAGGAAGAAAGAAUUGAAAAGGAAGAAGUAGAAGAAGUUAAAGAAAGGGAGCAAAUCCCAGAAGCAGAACCAGUAAAAGUGGUUGAUUUUGAAGAAAAGGUCAACAAUGCAACUGAAGAUAAAGCUACAAAUCCCAGAACUUCUGUAGAAAAAAGAGGUACAAUGAAAAUUAACAAUCGAAAGAAUAGCAAAGAAGAAGAAUUACCUGAUUGUUUGUUGUUAAUGAUGUGUGAACCAAAAUUAUCAAUGGAGGUUUCAAAAGAAACAUGGGUGUGCAGUACAGAUUUCAUCAGAUAUAGACCUGAAAGAAGAGUGGUUCAAAACAAUGGUGGUGGAGGAGGAGAUCACGAUCACUCUAAGAAAAGAAACAGUACUGAUUCAAAGGGUAGACACAGUCUUGAUUCAAAAAAUAGACUCAGUACUGAUUCUAAAAGUAGGCUAAGUACUGAUUCUAACCCCGGUAAUGGUCGUCCACCACACCAUAGCAAACAUCAGAAACCACCAACACCUCCUAGAAGAUCUAUCUCCAAACCUACACCACCACCUUCAGUUGCUAAAUCUACGAAGCCAGCACCACCACCUGCUAAACUUAAGCCACCAGUUGAAGUUUCUGCAACACCAUCCGCAAUGGCGAAGGUGAUCGAACAGAAAUUAGUAAAUGCUGUAGCAUAUGAACCCUUAGUGCUGACUAGAUGUAAUUCAGAGCCAAUGAGGUCUUCAGCUAAGCUAGCUCCAGAAGCUUGUUUCUGGAAGAAUAUGAAGCUUGAACCACAUACUCAAGGUCCUCCAAAUCUUGGUGUUGGCGCAGCUGCUGGUAUUGGCUUCUAA